CAACUUGAAGAGCUCAGCCAGCAACCAGCAAUAAUAGUAGUAUAGAGUAUAGACAGCAUACCAGCACACCACGAUCAGACCGAUCUACCUCGAAAUCAAAGACCAUCGACCGUUACAUCGGCCAACAUGCCACCUCGUCUCCCCGUCGCAUCGCUGAGGUCGCUCUCGGCCAUCCCGGGUCAGACCGCUCCUUUGGCGGCGGUCCCGUCUGCAUCUUCCUCGUCCUCGACAACAUCUACUUCACCUUACCAACCACCUUGCCGGCAGUUCGCAUCUUUCACGGCUGCUCCUGGAGCCAGUCGCCUGCUCGGUUGGAAAGGGAGACGUGCCUCUUUGCCUGACUUGCGGGAAUGCAUGACCGAGCGUCAAUACGGUAAAAGCAGACAAUUUCAUACUAGUCUUACAGACCAAGCAGCUGCUUCCAAGAACCCUUACAGCGUCCUGGGUGUAAAGAAGGAUGCAUCGCAAGCCGACAUCAAGAAGACGUACUACCAGCUCGCCAAGAAGUGGCAUCCAGACACCAACAAGGACAAGGCUGCGCACGAAAAAUUUAUGGAAAUUCAGGAGGCAUACGAUACGCUCUCUGAUGAGACCAAGCGAAAGGCUUACGAUCAAUAUGGUUCGGCGUCUCAGCAACCUGGCUUCGAUCCGAACGCUUUCGGAAGGAAUCCCUUCGGUGGUGGUGGUGGUGGCGGCGGGUUUGGGGGUUUCCAGGACUUUGGUUCUGCUUUUGGAGGAGGUGCAGGUGGAAUGGGUGGCAAUGCCAGCGACAUGUUUGAACAGCUCUUUGGCGCUUUCGGAGGAGCUGGAGGCAGAUCCGGACCGUUCGGUGGAAUGGGCGGCGGAGCUGGACCUCGAGCCCCCGCCCGUGGAGAGGACAUCGAGACGGUUGUCAGCAUCUCGUUCAUGGACUCUUGCUCUGGUACCAAGAAAAAGGUCUCCAUCACGCCGAUUGUGGAGUGUUCAACCUGCACGGGAAGCGGACUCAAGGCUGGAGCUAAGCGUGACACGUGUACGACAUGUAGGGGAACCGGUCAGCAGACUUUUAGCCUCCAAGGGAUGUUGAUGGCUAGCAGUUGUCAAGCCUGUGGCGGUGCGGGAAGCGUCGUCCGACGAGGUGACCGCUGUGGAGGUUGUGAAGGGGUCGGCAGGGUCAAGGAAAAAAGGACGGUCGAAGUGGACAUUCCAGCUGGAAUCGAAGACGGCAUGAAAAUUCGCAUGCCUACCGCUGGAGAUAUCCCGUUGUCAGGCCCCGGCACGCCAGGUGACGUCUUGGUGCGCGUCAACGUGCAGCCUUCAAAGCAAUUCCGUCGACAGGGCUCCAAUCUUUACCACACCUCUCAAGUCCCUGUCCAUACCGCUCUUUUGGGUGGACGGAUGCGCAUCCCCACUCUCGAGGGAGAUGUCGAAGUCAGGGUGAAGGGUGGAACAAGGGAUGGGGAAGAAGCGGUUCUGAAGGGACGAGGUGUCAAGAGCGUUUAUGGACGCGAGAGGGGUGAUCUUGUUGUCAACUGGAAGAUCGUAAUUCCAAGGUCAUUAACGUCACGGCAAAAGCAGAUCCUGCAGGCAUACGCAGAUGACGUAGAGGGUCGACCGUCAUAUUUCAGCACGGUCCCGCCUUCAGCUCCUUCCGAUUCGGCUGACAAUGAUACGACGGCCCCUGUCUCAGAACGACCCGAUGUAUCUAUGACGACAACAACGACCGACGAAACGAAAGGCUCGGAUGAGCCGGAGCAGAACGUUCCUCCCACUGAUGCGGCGCCAGAAUCCACGGGGGAUGAAGCGAAAAAGACGGCCAGUGCUAGCGGUUAGCGAUCGUGGCGCGGCUGGACCCCGCGUCACUGAAUCUUUGUUUCUUUUUCGCAACUAGGAUAUCGCUCUUUACUUGUAAUGUUGGAUCUUGGCAGAAGAGAUCACUGUACAAACGUACAAGAGAUUUGGAGGGAUGACAUCAUGCUCACUUC